AUGGCCAUGGUGAGUGGGGGCUGGGGAGAUCCCAAUGGCGGCACCAACGGGCUGGGGGAAAAGGGCUACCUUAAGCGGGAGGAUGAGGACGGCUCUCCCCAGGCGGGGGGCAGCGACAUGGAGGCCGGGGAGGACGACAAGGCCUGCGUAUUGGACUGUGUAGUGUGCGGGGACAAGUCGAGCGGGAAACAUUACGGCGUGUUUACCUGCGAGGGCUGUAAAAGCUUCUUCAAGAGAAGCGUUCGACGUAACCUCAGCUACACGUGCAGGUCUAAUAGGGAGUGUCAGAUUGAUCAGCACCACCGAAACCAAUGCCAAUACUGUCGCCUCAAAAAGUGUUUCCGAGUGGGGAUGCGCAAAGAAGCAGUUCAACGCGGCCGAAUCCCACCGCAGCCUAGUCUCAGCCCAAGCCUCACACCCAUAGGGGGCGCCAGUGGCUUGGGAGGCGGGGAAUUUUACAAUAACAACAACAAUAAUGGAGGCAGCGGCGGUCAGCCCGUGUCCGAGCUUAUCUCCCAGCUGCUGAGAGCCGAGCCAUACCCCAACAGCCGCUAUGGGCACCAGUACAACCAGCAGGCCGGUCCUGAUAAUUCCAUGGGCAUCGAUAACAUCUGUGAACUGGCCGCCCGUCUACUCUUCAGCACGGUGGAAUGGGCCAGAAACAUCCCUUAUUUUCCUGAGUUGCCAGUGUCAGAUCAGGUGGCCCUGCUAAGGCUGAGUUGGAGCGAGCUGUUCAUCCUCAAUGCGGCACAGUCAGCGUUGCCACUCCACAUGGCGCCCCUGUUGGCAGCAGCGGGCUUCCACUCGUCACCCAUGUCGGCUGAGCGCGUGGUGUCCUUCAUGGACCAAGUGAGAGUGUUCCAGGAUCAGGUGGACAAGCUGACCCGACUUCAGGUGGACUCCGCUGAGUACAGCUGUCUCAAGGCCAUCGCACUAUUCUCACCAGAUGCCUGCGGUCUGACAGACGCAGUCCACGUGGAGUCCCUGCAGGAGAAAGCUCAAGUGGCUCUGACAGAGUACGAGAGGAUGCAGUACCCAAGUCAACCUCAGCGCUUUGGCCGCUUGCUCCUUCGGCUCCCCGCUCUCCGUGCCGUACCCGCAAGCCUCAUCUCUCAACUCUUUUUCAUGCGACUGGUGGGGAAGACCCCCAUCGAGACGCUCAUCCGAGACAUGCAGCUAUCCGGAAGCUCCAUCAGUUGGCCCUACGUGCCUAUGUGA